AUGUCUCGUUUGGUGAAUGGCGUCAAGUCGUUCUCGACAACUGCUUCGACCCUCCUUGCCGAUGCGACCGCCCCUUCUGCUCGCUCUUCCUUCCAAGUCUUUCGCGAUGUUCCCUCAAUCAGAGGGUUGCGCCGUCAACUGCUGCAAAAAGACAGAACCGUAGGCUUUGUUCCUACCAUGGGCGCUCUUCAUGAAGGCCACCUCUCCUUGAUUCGGCAAGCUGCCCGCGAAAACACGGAUAUUUUCGUCAGCAUCUUCGUCAACCCCACACAAUUUGGCGUGACAGAGGAUCUGUCCAGCUAUCCUCGCACCUGGGACUCCGAUGUCGAGAAGCUGGAACAAUUGAAUGAGGAAUUGGCCCGUUUGGGGGAAAGCAGUGCAAGCGCUGGGCGCAUCACUGCAAUCUUCGCACCCACCUCGAAGGCCAUGUAUCCAGGAUCGCCUCCGUCGUCAGAAGUCAAUGGCGAUGGCUCAUUUGUCACCAUAACCCCCCUCUCCACUAAAUUGGAAGGAGGAUCCCGCCCUGUUUUCUUCCGUGGUGUGGCGACUGUUUGCAUGAAGCUUUUCAACAUCACAACUCCCGAUCGGGUGUACUUUGGCCAGAAGGACGUCCAGCAGACCGUUGUUAUUAAGCGCAUGGUGGAGGAUUUCCACGUGGGCAGUGAAGUUCGCAUCAUCGAGACGGCACGAGAGCACGAUGGCCUGGCGCUAAGCUCGCGGAAUGUCUACCUGGGUGACCGCAGGCGAACAGUUGGCCUUACUAUCUACAAGGCGCUCAAGGCCGCUGAGGAUCAGUACUCAGCCGGCAAGACCGCGAGAAAAGACAUUCUCGGGGCUGCCGAGAGUCUCGCACAAUCUGUGCUUGCACAGCAACAAGCGCUUUCGCCCUCGGAGAGGGCAACCUACGAAGUCGACUACAUUUCUCUCGCGGAUCCUGAUACCCUUGACGAAGUCGACGUUGUUGACCCAGCCAAGGGUGCUAUUCUGAGUACCGCAUUCAAGAUGGCACCACUCGAAGAGUCCAAGCCCGGCGAGGAUUGUGGCCUGGGAGAGGGCAAGGUCCCUGUGCGAUUGAUUGACAAUCUGAUUUUGCACCCCCGUACUUAG